GGCGAAAAUACAGAUGAAUCAUCAUAGGAAUCAUCGCCAUUGCUAUUUGUACUUCAAAUCUACCUCUCUCUUUGCAUUUGUAUCUCCGCCUCCUUCCCUCUCUCCUUCUCUCUCCUCCCUGCCAAUAUAUAACUACUUUUUUCCGCCACACCACCUCACUGCGAUCUCUCUCUAAUCUCACAGCUUCAAUCGUCUAUACAUUCGUAGAAACAGAGGCUUCAAUGGCAGCUUCAUUUGGAGUUUCGUCGGCCGCCGUUCAAGCCGUCAAAUCGUCUGCUUCUCCUCUCCCUUCUGUUCCAGUCGUCAGAUCUGAGGCGAGGCCGAUCUCCGGUCGGAUUAAUAGAUCUCGGAAUGCUGGGAAAAUCGCUACCCACGCAGUUGCGGCACAGACUGAGAAUCCUGCCUCAGCUGCUUCGAAACCAGGGCAUGAAGUGCUGCUGUUUGAAGCCCUUAAAGAAGGACUGGAUGAAGAAAUGGAAAGAGAUCCUCGAGUUUGUCUCUUUGGUGAAGAUGUGGGACAUUAUGGUGGUUCGUACAAGGUCAGCAAGGGUCUUGCUGAAAAGUAUGGAGAUCUGAGGGUGCUCGAUACACCCAUUGCUGAAAAUUCUUUUACCGGCAUGGCUGUUGGGGCAGCUAUGACAGGUCUAAGGCCAGUUGUUGAGGGCAUGAACAUGGGAUUUCUUCUCUUGGCCUUCAACCAAAUAUCUGACAACUGCGGCAUGUUGCACUACACCUCAGGCGGGCAAUUCACUAUUCCGACUGUCAUUCGUGGACCAGGAGGAGUCGGGCGCCAACUUGGGGCUGAGCAUUCACAGAGGCUCGAGUCCUACUUCCAGUCAAUCCCCGGAAUCCAGAUGGUUGCCUGUUCGACCCCAUACAACGCCAAGGGUCUGAUGAAGGCUGCCAUCCGCAGUGAGAACCCUGUGGUUUUGUUCGAGCACGUGCUCCUAUACAACUUAAAGGAAAGAAUUCCCGAUGAAGAAUACGUAGUGUCACUAGAAGAAGCAGAGAUGGUGAGGCCCGGCGAGCAUGUCACAAUCUUAACAUACUCGAGGAUGCGAUACCACGUCAUGCAAGCUGCCAAGACCCUAGUGAACAAAGGCUACGACCCAGAAGUGAUCGACAUUAGGUCUUUGAAGCCCUUUGAUCUCUACACAAUCGGAAACUCCAUUAAGAAAACACACAAAGUUUUGAUCGUCGAGGAGUGCAUGAGAACAGGUGGUAUCGGGGCCAGCCUUACUGCUGCAAUAAACGAGAACUUCAACGACUACCUGGACGCGCCAAUUGUUUGCCUCUCGUCUCAGGACGUGCCCACUCCUUAUGCCGGGACGUUGGAGGAGGUGACUGUCGUCCAACCUGCGCAGAUUGUAACGGCUGUUGAGCAGCUCUGCCGGUAGCUUUGGAAGACCUCUCUCUGCCUCUCCGCAUAACAACGGUAUCUCUUUUCAUCAUAACUCAGUUAUCCUUUUUUCAAAAAAACUAGUUUUUGUUAUUAGAUGUUAGAUCAGUUAUUUAAAUGACUGUGAACCUAUUUAUGUCUACUCUGUGUUGGAGAAAUUCAGUAGUUUUUUUUUUGUGAGAUUUUCUAAACUUGUUAAAUUCAGUUAUUUUUGCUUGAAUUGAACUUGAUCAAGAAAUGCAUUUGUAAUUUGAGUUUGAA